CACCUUCUGACCCGCAUUAAUGAACAUAGAAAUGACACCAAGAAACAUGAAAGCUGUCACUCUGUAGUUCGCAAACACCGUGACCACGUUGUACUCUCAAUACCCCAUUUUUGACUCUACUUGGUUGAUUUCACCGAAAGCCUUUCCUCGUGGGAUUUAUCCCCAUAGAGAAAAUCGAAUAAUUUUUUUCCUCUUCUGUUUAGAAGGCGACGAGGAGUUCAACGGACGCCUCGUCCAACUCGGCGAGGUGUUGUCCGAGAUAGAGGAGGGUGGCGGGAGGAGAGGGUUGGAAGGAGGGUGGCGUGCUAUGAUCAGCAUGGAGCUUCCGGCACACGCGACGCAGCAUGGUGCUCUACACCUGGGGGUCGGAGUCGGGGUCAAUCCGGGUGACCCAGCCGGAAGUGCCUUAGCCGCCAUUCACCCGCAUCCCCAGGACCCCCUAUCCCUCCAUCAUCAUAAUCACGGCGCUGCAACACCCGGAGGUAUGCAUGAGGACUCCAAGAACAAACAUGAUGGCGGGCACGGAAUGAACCAGGAUGGUCAUGGCGGAGUCAACCAACUCGGCGGCGUCUUUGUGAACGGAAGGCCCCUACCGGAUGUAGUCAGGCAGAGGAUCGUCGAGCUCGCGCACAGCGGCGUCCGACCGUGCGACAUUUCAAGACAACUCAGGGUAUCUCAUGGCUGUGUAUCCAAGAUACUGUCGAGGUAUUACGAGACCGGUAGUUUCAAAGCCGGUGUCAUAGGAGGCUCCAAGCCGAAGGUAGCAACGCCGCCGGUCGUCGACGCGAUUGCUAAUUACAAGAGAGACAAUCCGACCAUGUUCGCGUGGGAAAUCAGGGACAGGUUGCUGGCCGAAGGCAUUUGCUCGCAGGACAACGUGCCAUCCGUCUCUUCCAUCAAUCGGAUCGUGAGGAACAAGGCGGCGGAGAAGGCGAAGCACGCGCAUCAGCAACAGCAGGCGCAGCAGCAGCAAGGUCAACAGCAAGGUCAGCCGGGAUCGGGCGGUUCCGUGUCGGUGAUAGCACAUGCACCUGCGACGGCGGCAGGUCAUCCCGCCGCCACCGCUCCCAACGCCUACAGCAUCAGUGGCAUCCUGGGCAUCCCGGCGCACCACCAGGACCCCAAUGGCAACAGCAUUAAGAGAAAACGCAGCGUUGACGAUGAUAAUCGCGAGCUGAAUGAUCACGCCGAGAAUGAUUUGAAGAGGCAAAGGAACAAUUACAAUGGCGACCAGCUGUAUUCAAAUCUGUGGUCGAGUAAAUGGAGCAUCAAGGACGAGCACAAGCUCCUGAGCGAGCUUGGUAGCGGUGGAGGCGGCGGUACGACCGCCGGUACGAACGGCGGUGGAAACGGCGGCGGUGGAAAUGGCGGCGGUGGCGGCGGCGGCGGCGGCGGCACUGGCGGCGGCAACGGCGGAGGCGGCGGUUAUUACGAACACAGCGGAUUCCCCGGGAACGCUAUUGCCACCUCCGCCGAGCUGUACGACUCCCUGGGCACCAUCAGCACGAUGACGCAGGCGCAAACGCCUCAUCUUUACACCCCGCCCAUAGGGGGCACCAUAGCAGGUGGUACUUUGACGCCGCUCGCGCCACUGACGAUGCAAGAACUAAAAUUGAGCCAAACAUUGGACGGGGCUAACAUGUCUCCUUACCACACCACCGCAGAGAGCAGUACCGUCGCAGUAUCGUAUGUCGGGGUGGGGGCCGGUGGGGGCGAGCAAAGUCCCCCGAUUUCGUUGCAGAACGAGACAAACGCCACCCCCGCGGCCCCCAACACCCCCGGAGGGGAUCCCGGACUGACGGUCUUGCAGCCGCCAGUUUCUCAGCCCCAAGUAGCCUCUGCGAUACCACCGUACUCGACGAUGCUCCCAAGUUUCGGACACUACGCCACCGGUGGUGGCGACUACGCGUAUAGCGCUGCAUAUUCCCAGUAUUCGAGUGCACCGUACAGCGGCUAUGGUUAUGGAGCAGCGACAAGCGGGUUGCUCAAUUCCACGUACUAUUACUGCAACGGAGACACGAGCACUCAUACGUCGCAGCAGGGCGGUGGUGGCGGUGGUUGCACUAGCGGUGGUCCGGAAAACAGCGCCGACGUGGCUAGUCGUUCACCUCUGGCGGCUACCAGGGCCAGCAGCGGGGCCAGCGCAGCCUCGCCGACCGGAAGCGCCUGCACCAAGCCGGACCACACCACCGCCACACCGACGGACCUCUACCUGGCUUGAUGGUCGAACCGCACGACGGGGGAACUCUUGAUCGAGCAUCCCCCAACGAUCAGCGGUGAGACAGCGAGUUGCGACGGACGCCAUAUCACCAAGAGACACCAUCUCGAAAUUAAGCAAUGAUCUCCUUUUAACCGCUUCGGGAAUGCGCAAUGAAAAGUUCGGAGAGUGCGAGGGAUACCGAUGAAUCGGACGGGGAAGACGAAACGGAUCGAAGAAGAGGAUUGGGACGGCUCGAACCAACACUCUUCACGCUGAUGAGUCUGGACAAGUCGCGUUUUCGGGCAAGGAACGUUAAAACGAUUCUAGGAUUAGUUGCGCUCGGAGUUCUGAGUUCCAUCGCGUUCAAGAUGAACGACAGGACUUGGGGGGGGGGAUUCGACCUGAUCGAUGAGCGCGCGACGUGAUUUCGCGUAAAACGAGCUUGACGAGUGACGGUCACAUCAGAGCAUUGGCGUUACCGAGUUCCCGCGUGUCGCUGCUGUUCUUUGCAAUAUAUAAACGUUCCCCUUUACGUUUUUAUUUAUUAAUCCGAAGAAUCAUCGAUCGAUCGACUUGUCACUUGCCAAUGGCGGCGACGCGAGCGAAUCUCGAAUGCUCGGAAGCGUUAAAGACGGCGUCGCUGCUCUCUGGAGAGCCGCGGCGCGGUAGGUAGUUUAAUUUAAUGAUCCUCAGUUAGUAUAAUUUCCACGCGGUGGUCGUGACCGCCCUCGCGAGCGCGCGCUCGCGUGGCGAGCAUAGUCGCUGACCAUGUAAAUAUAUAUAAAUUGAACAUAUAUAUAAAUAAGAAUAAAAAAUAUAUAUAUAUUAUAUAUAUAUGAUUCGUGUAAACAAAGUCAAGCGCCCCAACGGCACGUUUUUCUCUCCUGUAGGCACAACGACCCCUCACCCCCUUAAGAAUAUCGUAGAGUAUAACACGAUAAGUUUGAGAUUUUUAAAUCAGGAGUCGACCGUAACGAUCACUACUGUUAAGGAUAUUAUAUAUAUUUUUUGUAGAAACCAAAGACCAUAUACACACGCGCGAGUAAACCCAACACAUGCACGUACACACACGCGUACAUACGCACGCACGCAGCACGCAGGCACGCACCCGACACACGACAUAUACAUCAUGCGGAUCGUCGAACGAACGAGCACGUCGCGCAGUUGCGGCAGAAAGCGUGACCUUUGCGCCGGUUUUGAGCGGCCUUUUCACACGGAUAAAUUUAAUUGCGUAAUCGCGAGCGGCGCGUAGGAUCGACAUCAAAAUUGAAAAAAAAAGAAUUGCAAUCAUUUCAAAGGUUGCUCGUUGAUAAGAGAUUCGCAGAGAACUAAUCUAUUUUUUUUUAUUUAAAUUAAUUUCCCAUUUUGCUAAAGCACGUACUAACCGCGUGUUAUGUCGAGAUAUCAAUCGCCAUUGUACGGAGAACGUUCUUUCUUAUUCGAGGUAAUUAGCACAAGUCGGCGCGUGGACACUUCCUCGACAGCUCGGCGAUCACGCUCGUUCUCCCGUUCCGUUCGACGCAUUCGCCACGCUUCCGCUUUGCGGCGGAAGUCGUACUGGUUCCCGUUCGUCGUCGGGCGGAACGCGCCGGGGAAGAUUAUCACGAAGGCGCAAUUAGCCGGGCGUCGGAGAUUUUUAAUGAGAAAUUACGUUCGCAAGCGCACACGCGCUCCUCUGAUUUAAUUACCGUGUUAAUUAUUGAUGCUUCAGCGGCACGCGCUACAGAUUUCAUGCGUCUCGAAUUUACUCAGCUUGCCGGAUAAUGUUGUAGAUUGAAAAAUUAUUUGACAAUUCUACUUAAUCCGACAAUUUCUAGUCACAUUCAAAAGAGAUGCGCUAGUAAGCCAAAUAUCGCAUACUGAAAUAAACAAAAACGGCGAAAUUAAAUGGCGAGUAUAAUAACGAUACGAAACGUUCUUUCAAUUCAUUAGUGUCGAUCCAAAGCGUGCUCGCAAAAUCGAAAUCGUUAUUGAUCCCAGCCAAUCGAUAAAAGUUCUGAAUCUCUCGCGCGAUGCUCCGUCCGUGUCGAUCGCCUUUUAUCAAACAGUUAAACUGGACUAAACCUGUCGCGAAAAUUACUUUGUUUCCACUAUCUGUGUCACGCUCUUUAGCAAACGACAUUUUUUUAAAUUGCUAACUGAACAAGCGCAACUUAUGAUACUAAUUGUUUACAAUUAUUAUGUGUCACAAUAACGUGAUAUGAAGCCGUGCAGAGAGGAAAAACGCAGGCGCUUAAAAACAACCGCGAGAUUUUUUCGCACUGCAAUUCUAGCGAUAAUUUUUCCAGCUCGGCAUUGCUAGAUAAAAGGCACACUCUUUCCAGAAUAAGGUUCGAGGAAUAAUUUAGCGCGUGCAUGCACAAGAUAUAUUUGAAUUUCAAUCGGCCAAAUACGGGCUAGAUCAUUGUGUCCGACGUUCGGUACGUUUUUUUUUGCAUACUUAUACAUUGUUACUUUAUUACUAUUACUGUAAUGACUCUGAUUAUUAAUUAUUCUAUUUGCUAUUUUCACUAUUUUCAUUAUUUUAUCAUUAUUAUUAUAUUUUAUUAUUAUUAUCUCAUCAUCAUUAUAUUAUUUAAUACAUUUAUUAUUUAUUAAUUGUAAUGAUGACCUAUGUGUAAUAAGUUUUGCCAAAGAAUCCGUUGAGAGAGCAAUAUUGCAGUAAACGUUUUAUAGUCUCCAUAGGAGGAAAAGCCGAUGAAGCACAAUUGUAAUAUGGAAUUGAAUAUAGAAGAUACGAAGAGAAAAACGACUGUGUGCGGCAUUCGAGCGAUGAGCGGAAUUGCGAAUUCGUUUCGCGCGAUUAUACGUUUGCGAAUCUGAGAUUUCGACUCGAACGCCGCAGCCGCGCAUUUUUAAUCGAGCACACAUUAUCUCAUUUUAUUUUAUCUGUUCCGUGUGAUAUUCUUGUUCCGUGCGCCGCUCUUGCCGAGUCUCGCUGUUGAUACUUGCAAACAAAACUCUGUACAUCCUUUUUAAAUAAAUAUGAGGUUUAUAUAUA